UCCAGGAGACACUGGUUUGAGGGAAGAAGGACUAGAAGCAGUUGUGCUCAGCAGAGACAACACAGAGACACAGGGUGUGUGUGCAGACUCAGUGAUGGCACCAGCUGUCAACAUGAGUAGUAUGGGCUUGGACACUCUGGAGGAGGAAGAAGAGAAAGCCAGGUUUUUUGCUCAGUUAGAAGCAGGGGCCUUGUCAACAAUAGAUUACUCCAAGCUGAACAGAGAGCUGGACUCUACUAGUUCUACCAUAGGUACCAACCUCAGGAAAGCAGAGGAAGCCGAGGAAUCAGAGGAGCAGAGUCAUGGUCAAAGCAAAGCCAGAGUCGCAGACGCCACCAGAACCUCUCCAGGCUCUCCACACUACAGUGAGGACUUUGAGGAUGAGGAGAGUGGGAAAGAGCCACAGGAGGAGAAAUCUAAGGUGUCUCCAGUUAUUGCCAAAGGCCACUCAUACGUGCAGAGUGGAGGCUCAGAGAUGGAGGCUCUUCAUGAGGCCUACAGACAGAUCCAUGUUGUGGAGGAUUCAGACGACUAUAAUCACCAUUAUUCAUCUGUGGAAGGGGAAGAAAGGAUCCACAGACCUGUGUCUCCAUCCUUCACUCCUCAACAUGCCAGACAGUCUCUUCAGCCUGCUUCUACCAACGAGUCAGACAUACCCACUGCAGAAGAGCUGAUGAGGCCGAUCCGGCUCGGAGAGGACCACAUCAGAGGGUUCAGCCUACAGCCUGUCAGUGCUGUGGAACUUGACCAAGAACAAACAUCCUGCUCCUUGGAAAGGACAUUCCCAGAUGUGAAGCGACCAGGGAAGGCUGACCCCACCGCAGGGAUAAAGGGAGCCAAGGGACUGACUUCAAGCUCCUCAGAUCCUCCCAACCAUGACCUGACCUGGAGCAUCAGAGAGGAGGUAGAGAGGCUGAUGGAGGAUCACAACAAGUCUUCUCAUUACAUUUCCUCUCAGGCUGGCGAAGUGAAGAAACAACUGACCUCCCGCAGCUCCACCAUUUCUCAUCCUUCUACACCUCCACUGAGGAAACCCACCGUGGCUCCUGUGCGAGUCAGGAGAGCAGAGGGGAGACCAGCAGUGACCUCCAGGUCGUCAGGGAUCAGUAGAGCUGCUGCUACAGCCAAAAGCCGCUCUCCACAGCGUCCACAAAAAUCCACAAAGAACCAAGAAAAAGAAGAGGACACAGCAGAGCCAGGUCUGAGGGUGAGCAAUGAGCUGGUGGCAUCUGUGCAGUCUUUAGUGGCUGUGCUCCAGCAGCAGGCUGGAAACCAGGAAACCAGACCGACACAUCAUCCUCCAAACAACAGUAGGGAGGAGAACAGCUCUGUGGUGGAGGAGCUGAGGCUCCAGCUGGCUCAGAAGGAGAGGGAGCUGCAGAUGAUGAGAGCAGGAGCAGAGGAGCUCACCUCACUCAGACAGCAGAACUUCCUGCUUCAAAGCAAGCUGAGACGUGCAGAAGAAUCCAGUCAGAGGAAGAGACUGAGCGAGGACACAGAGACUGCAGCAGAAGACAAGCUCCAACACAUCCAUAAAGAAAUGAAGGAGCAGGAGACGCUCAUCAAAGGCUACCAGCAGGAGAAUGAGAAGCUGUACUUACAGAUAAAGGCUGAGCAGGCCAAGAGCAAAGCCAACGAGGAGGCCAUGUUUAAUGAAAACCACAGGCUGCUGAGUGAGCUGGAUUUCACCAGGGAGCAGCUGAGUAAAACCUCAAGGCCUGUGGGAAAUAUCUGUUUAAUGGAUCACACUCAGCGCAUCACAGACUUGUUAGCUCAAAUCACUAUGUUUCAGAGGAAUGAGGAGAAGCUGUCUGAGGACAUUCACAGGCUGAAGCAGGAGAAACAGGCUCUGGAGGUCGACCUGCAGCUCAUGAAGAAAGAGAGAGACCUGGCUAAAGCCCAGGCUGUCUCCACCUCAGGUGAUAAGACCUUUGAGAUGAGUGUGUUGAAGGACCAGCACAGAGAGGAAGUGUCAGCCCUGAGCAAGAAGCUGCAGUGGUUUGCUGAGAACCAGGAUCUGCUGGACAGAGACGCUGACAGACUGAAGGCUGCGACAGCAGAGAUCCGUCAGCUCAAAGAGCAGGUAGAGAAACUGAAAAUGGAAGUGGGCAGAAGAAGCAGCGAGCAGCAGAAAAAGGUGAAAGAGAAAUCAGUGGAGACGAAGAGGAUGCAGGAGCUGGAGCGACAGGUGAAGGAGCUGCAGCAGAUACUCCGACACAGAAACCCAAACUCCCUGCCUGCUCUGAUAUACGCUGCAGCCAGCGCUGCUGAGGACGAGGACUCAGCUAAGACGGCUCCGCCCACCGUCGCUGUGCUGGAGCACAGGGUCCGGCGCCUGGAGUCCGAGCUGGAGAACCACGACGAGAGCGCCAAACACAGUCUGAGGGCCAUGGAACAACGAUUCCACAGCGUCAAGCUGCGCUACGAGCAGCAGAUCUCAGAGCUGGAGCAGCAGCUGGAACAGAAGCAGCAGGUUGAAGGGGAAAGCUCAGCUGCUGGGAUCAAGCCCUGGAUGUCACAGGUUCAAACUCUGGAGGCGGAGCUACAACAGGUGAAGGAAGCCCACCAGGCGAAAGAGAAAUCUCUCGGCGAGCAGAUUGAGUCUCUCCAGCAGCAGCUCAAAAACAAGGUGAGUACUGAGGUCAUGAAGCCCCAACCAAGUCCGGGCCGCCACCAGCGUCAAGCCGAAGCAGCGUUUGGUGUCCGGAUAGAGCGGCUAAACCACGAGCUCGCCACCAAAACACGAACCAUCCAGGAGCUGAGCCGCACUGUGGAGAGACUGCAGAGAGAGAGGAGGAGCAUGCUGUCUGUCCCCAGCUCCCGACCAGAGACCUGCUCCCCAGAGACCAAGACCAAGACCCUCUCUGCAGAGACCAGACGACCACCAGGACCGACCAAGACCCUCUCUGCUGCUGCCAGAGACGCAUGUGGAGAGGAAGUCCCAGCUGCUCAGUACGAGAAGACCUACCAGCCCACAGUCUUCUCAGGGAGUCAUAUCUCUGAGGUUCUGCAGGAGAACGAGGCUCUGCGGAGGCGUCUGGAGCUGCUGCAGCUGCAGAAUGAACAGGAGAAGGAGGCGUUGAAGGCUGAAGCUGUACAGACCAAGGAGGAGCUGUGCAGGCUGAAGCAGCAGUCUGCAGAGCAGCUGUCCUCCAUACAGACUGAACACCUCAGGGUGUUAGACCAGCUGUGUGCCACCCACGCCCUGGAACACUCCUCCUCAAAGGUCGCUGAACAGGCCAAUCACAUCAACAGUCAGGAGGUCCAGGUGAAACAUCUGCAACAGCAGCUGGAGCAGCUGCAGGGAGCUAAAGAAGCUCUGGUGACAUCCAGGACCAGAGAGAGUGCUCUGCAGAGGCAGCUGAGCAGACUGCUGAAGGAGCUGAAGGAAGCUAAAGAGGCUCAGAGUCCAGAGGUGAAGCUCCUCUGUAGCCUGGAGAGGAAGCUGGUCACCAUGGAGCUCAGACACCAACACAGAGAGAAGGAGCUGACGCAGGUGAUUGGUGGAUCACGGCAGAUGCUGGAGGCCAACCAGCAGUCAGAGGUGGAGCGCUGGAAACAUCUGGCUCAGGACAAAAGCAGAGAGCUGGAGGCUUUCCGUCUGGAGCUGGACUCCAUCCUGGAUAUCCUGAGACACCUCCAGAGACAAGGAGUGGUGUUCCCCCCCUCCUGACCCCCCCACCACAGCCCCCCCUCAGUCAACACACACAACCUCUGACUGAUUGAUAGUCAGUGUGAUGUUGGUCAGACAUGGACUCCAGAUCCAGAUCAGUGUCUGACUAAUAUCUGUAAUAUUCACACAUCCCAUCUUUUUCUCUUUGUAGUAGCUUUGUAUUUUUUAUUUGUAUCACUGUAACUUAUUUAAUAUUAAUGAAA